GCCUUUAGCUGGACUGUAAACAUUUGAUAGCUGUUAGUUCACCCAGCUAGCCUGAUUUUAGUGCAGUGUUGAAACGUGAACAAGAAGUGUGCGACAGCAGAAGCAGAAUGGCCUCCGCCCCCCCCCUCUCCACCCUGCGCCUACUCAUCCCUCCUCUCCGCCUGCUGACGGCUGCGAUGUGGCAGGUUGCACGGCAGCAAAGCGUGAAGCAUUACGGGAUGUUGGAGGACUUUGUUUCCCUGGUGACCGAGGCUGUCCCGCAGCUGCUGACGGACAGGCAGAAGAGUCUGCUGCUGCUGGCACUGAGAGCCAAGGUGACCCUCUGUGAUCCGGACCCACAGGCCAUCCACUCCCACCUGGACAGAAUCCACUCCGUCUCCAAGGCAACGCAGCCGGAUGAAGAGGCGAACGAAUGGUGUUCUGCUCUGUUGUCUCUGACCAAUAAACUGGCAGAGAGUCUGGCGGACAGACAGCGCCUCCUGCAGGAGGUCUUCAACCAGAGCUUUGACUCCGCCCUCCAGUCCCUCAUAUCUGACUUCCUGUCCAGGAUUGAGCAGCUGUUCCCCGUGCCCGACUUCAAACAGGCUGCUUCCUGGCUCGAUGCUGCCCCUGCUGGUCUGGACGACUUUCUGCAGGAGGCGGACAGGGAGGAUCUGAGGGAGCUGUUGACCAAUCAGAGCUGUCUGCUGGGACGAGCCAGCGCCACAGUGGGUCAUGACACAGAGACGAUCCUUCUCUCGGCUUGGACCCACCCCCUCUUCACUAAACUGACCAAUCCUGACCCUCCUCCCGCCAACACAGAUCUCCAAUCAGAUCCACUCCCUGAUGUAAGCAGUCCCAUCCAGCUGGAUGUGGAGCUGGUGAAGGUGGAGGUGGUGGUGAUGACUGAGGACGAGCGGGAGCAGGUAGAGGAGACCGUGAUUGGUCAGACCGUGACGCAAGUGGAGCAGGAGGCGUCCAAUGAGAGUUCAGUGGUGGGCGGUGAUGAAUGUGCUGUUGCACCUGUGAUUCUGGAAGCGGACAGGUUGAAAGACUCACCUGGAACCUUUGCUGACCAAUCAGAAGACACAGUUGACCAAUCAGAUCACUCCUGCUCUGAGGUCACAACCAAUGCUCUGUACAGCAUCUCCCAUAAUUCUCAGCGGGUGGCUCACAAGUGUCCUCAGUGUGGCAAAUGUUUCAUCUACCGUUCUCAGGUGAUCCGUCACCUGCGCACCAACAAGUCCUGCGGGUCGGCCUUAACGACGACUGGAGCUGUGACCCUGCAGAUCCAACCUGGUGAUCCUGAAGAAGAGCCGCGCCCCCCAGAGCCCCCCCUCCCAGAGCCCCGCCCCUCCAGGACCCACUCCUGUUUCCAGUGCAGCACCAUCUUCAAAACCAAAGCGGAGCUGCUGUCGCACCAGCGCAGCCACCGGGCGCGCCCCGUCUACCAGUGUGGCCAGUGUGACAAGGAGUUCCACCACCUGUCCAGUCUGUCCAACCACAAGCAGACUCACCUGGACAAGGGAGGGUUCACCUGCAGCAGGUGUGAUAAGGUGUUUGAGUCGGCCAAGGAGAGAGACGCCCACCGGCUGCAGCACCGGCUGCCGGACCUCACCUGUACGGUGUGCGACCAGACGUUCAGCUCUCAGACUCAGCUGCUGCGACACCUGCAGACUCACUCUGUGGAGGGAGCCGAGCCCCGCUACAACUGCCGCUUCUGUGACCAGACCUUCUCAGGAGUGACUCAGCUUCGUAUCCACCAGCGCACACACACUUUCCGCGUGUACCAGUGCGACCAGUGCAGCAAGACGUACGGCUCUCUGACCGGCCUCCACUCGCACCGGGCCAGCCACAGCGCCGAGAGCCGCUUCCUGUGUCCGCAGUGCGGCAAACGCUUCAAGACCCGCGACGGGUUGGAGGGCCACCUGAGGACACACACCGGGGAGCGGCCCUACCGCUGCCCCUACUGCCCCAAAGACUUCACCGCGCUCGCCGGCCUCAACGUGCACGUGCGGCGGCACACCGGGGAGCGCCCGUACGUGUGCACGGUGUGCGGGAAAGGCUGGCCGUCGGGAGGAGACCUGCAGAAACACAUGAGGACUCAUACGGGUGAACGGCCGUAUGUCUGCCAAGACUGUGGCAAGGCCUUCUCCAUUUCCUGUCACCUGACCGAACACCGGAGGAUUCACACAGGGGAGAAGCCCUUCUCGUGUCCAGAGUGCGGUAAAUGUCUCAGGAGGAAGUUCGAUCUGAAGAAACACAUGUUGUCUCAUAGCAGCGUUCGUCCGUACGCCUGCGCUUACUGUCCCAAGAGCUACACCCGCAAAACUCACCUGAACAGACACCUGCUGACGCACAGGACUGCCGACGGCGAGGUGGUGGUGGAGAUGGCUGACGAUGCCUGAGCUUUAUUACACCGAGAGUCUGACUGCUGUCUGACGAGAAAACGUGUUUUUUUGCAUGUUUUCUGAGCUUCGUAUCUCAUCCUGCUGAUCAAAUCGUCUGUCAGGUUGUCGACUGAGCUCCUUCCUGCAGAGAACUAAUCAACACGUUACUGUUUCUCGUCCUCAGGAGUCACUCAGAGCGAAACGCUUCAGUGAUUAAUGACAGAAAUAGUAAACAGCCAAUCAAUUAAUUCUCAAAUACGAAGCUCUUUUCUCCGCUUCUGUCAUUGUUAACUGAAGUUCUUUUGGACUGCACCGGACAUGUGAAGACGUCAUCGUCCUCUUAGUUAAUCAGAGCAUCUUUGGUGUCCUGAUGGACAACCGUUAAAGUCUUCAUCAGGUGAAAACAACCAUUCUGUGGCUGCAGCUUGUCCACUGUGAAGAUUCAUUGUUUCUCACUGGCAUUUUUCACUCUUUUCUACCUUUUUAUACUCUAAAUCACAAAGUAAUCAACACUAAUCAAUAAUAAUCUGAAGCUGCAUCACCACUCGACAAUGUGGUAACAGACUGCGAGACCUGAAGUUUGGUUCUUCGUACGUCCAGAUGUGUUUGUAAUAAUUGGUUGAUUGUCAGUCUGACUGAUGGUGACCUGAACGUGCAAAACAAACACAAACAAACGUCACACCUGUAAAGAGUCGCUGUUAUUUUCUUGUACUUGUCAGUAAAGAUCAACACUACUCGUUCAACCACCGUGUAAACUGAUGAUUAGCAGACGGUGACGCUACGCCAGUGAGAGCUGAGCAUCCGAAGGGAAACUCUGGUUGUGUUGCCAUGGAGAUUUUGUAUCUGUGCUUUGCAUACAUAAAAGUUGUUGUG